AUGGGACCCAAGGCCGCCUCCGGCUUCUACCUGGGCAGGAAGCCCGCCGCCCUGCUCGCGCUGCUGCUGGCCGCGCUGCUGCUGGCCCUGGCCGUGCUGGGGGCUCUGUACGGGCGCUGCCUGCGGGAGGUGGAGGAGCUGCGGGCGGCCGCGGCUCCCGCCUCGCCCACAGCCGGCCCGGAGGAGGAGGGCGCCGGCUGCUGCCCCCCAACUCCCAGCCCCCGUCCCAGUCCCGGCAGCAGGCGCCCGCCGGGGCUCUGGGACAACCCGCGCCUGCCCCGCGCUCUGCUGCCCCUGCACUACGAGCUGCGGCUCUGGCCGCGCGUGAGUCCCGGCCAGCCCGGCCCCUUUGUCUUCUCCGGCCAGGUGAACAUCACGGUGCGCUGCGCCCAGGACACGGCCACCGUCCUGCUGCACAGCUCCAAGCUGGAGCUGUGGGGGGCGGCCGUGCGGGGGCCCCUGCUCGAGGGGCCGGGCGGCGGCGGCGGCGGCGGCGGCAGCACCGAGGUGGCGGAGCUGUGGCUGGAGGAGAGGCAGGAGUACGCGGUGCUGGAGCUGCGGCGGAGCCUGCGGGCCGGCGGGCGCUACGUGCUGCAGCUCAGCUUCAGGGGGGCCCUGAACGAGGAUCCGGACGGGCUCUUCCUCACCCGCUACACGGACCAGGGGCAGAGCAGUAUGCUGAUUGCAUCACAGCUUGAACCAACAUAUGCCAGGACUGUUUAUCCCUGCUUUGAUGAACCUGCCAUGAAGGCAACCUUCAAUAUCAUAAUUGUCCAUCAUCCCAGUUACGUGGCCCUUUCCAACAUGCCUGCUAUAGAUACAUCUGAAAUGAAAGAUGAGAAUGGAAGCCUAUGGACUGUUACCACAUUUAACACGACACUGAAAAUGUCAACUUAUCUAACUGCUUUGGUGGUUUGUGACUUUGAUUACAUUACCAGGACUGAAAGGGGCAAUGAGAUACGAAUUUGGGGUCGUAAAGAAGCAAUUAAAAAUGGGCAUGCUGAUUAUGCUUUAAAUAUCACAGGCCCACUUUUUUCAUUUCUGGAAGAUUUAUUUAACAUCAGCUACCCUCUUUCAAAAACAGAUCUGGUUGCACUGCCUGAUUUUAGAGAAGGUGCUAUGGAAAACUGGGGGCUAAUGAUUUUCCAAGAAUCAACCUUGAUGUACAUCCCAAGGGAUCCAUUCGGAAGCAAAAAGGCUAUGAUUUGCUUGAUUGUUUCACAUGAGAUAGGACACCAGUGGUUUGGAAAUCUGGUUACCAUGAAUUGGUGGAAUGAUCUAUGGCUUAAUGAAGGAUUUGCAUCUUACUUUGAAUACAUUGGUGCUAGCUACAUGGAACCCAGACUACCACUGAAUAAAUUCUUUUAUUAUCAAACGUUACAACCUGUCUUAAGGGAAGAUAAAGCAGCUCGGUCAUUAUCAGCAAGAGAAGAAAAAAUCAACGGAACAUUUUCACUAGUUGGCCUAUUUGAUAUCCUCACUUACAGCAAGGGUGCCUCCAUUGUCUGGAUGCUUUCCAGCUUUCUGACUGAGAGGCUGUUUAUCAAAGCACUCAGUUCAUACCUGAAAGCAUUUUCCUUUUCAAUUGUUAACCAAGAUGAUCUGUGGACACACAUACAAAUGGUUGUAGAUGCACAGAAUGAAGUUCAGUUGCCAGCAUCAGUAAAAAAAAUAAUGGACUCCUGGACAUGCCAAAAUGGGUUUCCAGUUUUAACAUUAAAUCUGUCCACCGGCAUUAUCAGUCAGGAACAAUUUUAUAAUAAAAGGACAGAAAACAAUACUACUUACAAUAACACAUGGAUUGUUCCUAUUUCUUGGAUAAGAAAUGGAUCUGCACAACCCUUAGUCUGGCUAGAUAACAGUAGCAAAAUGUUUCCUGAAAUGCAAAUAUCAGAUUCAGAACAUGACUGGAUUUUGUUAAAUGUGAAUAUGACUGGGUACUACAGAGUUAAUUAUGAUCCAUUACAUUUGAAGAGAUUAGCACAACUGCUUGAAAAAGACCCAAAGGCUAUUCCAGUUGUCAACAGGUUACAUUUGGUAGACGAUGCUUUUACAUUGGCACAGGCUGGAUAUAUUGAGAUUGAGUCUGCAUUUGAACUAACAAAGUACCUUGCCAAAGAAGAUGAAAUGUUUGUGUGGUAUUCAGUACUGUCAAACCUAAUACCUGACAAUUUGGAAAAUAUUCUGAUCAACUAUGAAUUAUAUCCCUUUUUAAAGAAAUAUCUGUUAAAGAGAAUGUUGCCAAUAUACCAUUAUUAUGCAAGUAUUAUUCGUCAAAAUUUUGAUGCUUUGGCAGAUGACUAUUUUGAUCAAAUUCAUUUGGAAAAAUUUAUUAAUACAGCAUGUUGGCUGGGUCUCCAAGACUGUUUAAACCUAUCUUCUGAACUUUACACUAAGUGGAUGGAGAACCCUGACAAUGAGAUUCCCUUUACUAUUAAAAGAACAAUCUGUUGUUAUGGUGUUGCAAUGGGAAGUGAUAAAGAAUGGGACUUUGCAUGGAAAAUGUAUAAUCAUCAUAAUUCUACAGGAAUAGAUAAGAAUAUAAUGCUCUUUGCCAUGAGUUGCACCAGAGAGUCAUGGUUGCUUUACAGAUAUUUGCAGUACUCACUCAACAAUUCAUUACUGUCUUCUGAUAAUAUAUCCAUAGUCAUUUCAAAUGUGGCAGCUACUGAGAUUGGCCAACGCAUAGCAUGGGAAUUUGUAACAGAAAAUUGGCUACUUUUAAAUGAAAGGCAUAGGAAUGGAAUACUACAGAAAUUAUUGGGAGUUAUGGAAAACUUUGUCAAUACAGACUUACAGAUCCAAGAAUUGCAGCUUUUUUACAAUACUACUCUGGACAAGGAUCUACAGAUUGCUACUACUGAAAUAUUGCAGUUUGCAAAGUUUGAAAAUAAGGAAAGGAGAAAACUCAGAGCCAGAUUUACUGAUUGGUUACGGAAAAAUAUAGAUGACUGACUUCUGAAAUCUGUUUCUCAUAUGUAUUCUAAUAUAUAUUAGAAUAUAGCUUGCUAGCAUUUUUAUACUAUUUUAUGAUUUAAUAAAGAGAUGAAGCACAUGAUUUAUAUUCAAAACCAAAGAUUCUAACCACAAAGCCAGGCCGACCUCAUUCACAGUGGAAGGAUAAAAUUCUACAGAAAACAUGCAAGAAAACUAUUUGCAUAUUACAUCUAUCUUAUUUCCAUACAGGAUGAUGUUUGAGAGACUUAUUCUUAAAUAAAGUCAAGAAAAAUCUGCAGAAACAUUUUUUAAAUAGCCGCAAAGAGUCCUGUGGCACCUUAUAGACUUACAGACGUAUUGGAGCAUGAGCUUUCAUGGGUGAAUACCCACUUUGUCGGAUGCAUAAAUAUGUCAGCAGUUUGGAGGAAUCAACCCUGUGAUUAAAACACAGGACUGGAAGUUAGAAGACUUGGGCUUUAUUCUCUGUUCCCCUGCUGGCUUGCUGUGUGACCUUUAGGCAAGUCACUUAAUCAUACUGAGCCUCAGUUUUUGUAUUUGUGAAAAGAGAAUGGGGACAAUAAUAUGUAAGUUAGAGCAGUGUUAUGGAACGUUAACUCUUGAACAUUUGUUUGUGAAGUGCUUCUUGAUCCUCAGAGGAAAGGCACUCCAGGAAUCCAAAGCUUAAGUUUGUAUACAUUGAGUGCUUUUUCAUCUACACUAAAUUCCAUUAGAAAAUUUGUAGAAGUUUUACUUUCUUCCUGCCUACUAUUAGGCUUAAUGGAGGUGACUGACAGCCAAAUAAAACUCAGGCCAUUAGUAUUAAAGCAUGUCUAUUAGCUUUUGGUUAAAGUGUAUUAGUUUGUGGGUUUGUUUAUUUGCACAGUUAACAAAUUAUGAAAAAAUGAAGUUGCACUACUACCCCUAUAAACAGAGAAAGUAAUAUUACAUUACCCUAGGGAAACCCAGUGAAGAAGUAACAGGCAGUGUUAUAAAGGAAAUAAAGAGCACAAACAGAGCAAUAUCCAGGAUUUCAAAACUGGAGUUUUCAAUGUGGAAAAUCCUUUGUUGAGUUCCCAGUGCACAUCCAAGGAAGCUGACAGCCACAUCCUUAGCCCCAACUUAGGGUAUGUCUAAACUUGAAGCUGGGGGUUGCGAUUCCCAGCUUGAGGAGACAUAUAGCUGUGGCAGCGCUGGCAGCAGGAAAGGCUAGUCACCCUGAGUAUGUGCCUAUGGUCUUGGAUGGGUACAUGCUUGGGGCGGGUAGCCCCUCCCACUGCUCCUAUGGCUGUGGCUACACUAUUUUUAGCACACAAUGGUGCAAAGUAUAAUUAAAGCUGCCUUAAGGCAGUACUGGAGGAUUCUGUCAGCACAGGGGAUGUAUAUGCUGAUGUAGCCAGCUCUAUGCUAGACACUCCUGGUCUCCCCAGCACCCAUUCCAGGAUGGGGAGGGUUUGGGGGAGGAAUGCAAUAUGUUCCACUGCUCAUGGAUAGCAAAGGAGCUGCUCCCUGCUGGCAUGACUUAGAGCUCCUUCAUAGAGAUGCAGGGACUGAUUUGGCCCCCUACAGGAAAGGUAAUGAAAUGACACCGAGGCUGCCCCCAGGUGGGCACCGCUCUAUACAAUCUCACUGCAGGAUUUAUGUACUUAACUUUCAGCACCCAGCCUAUCCAAACCACUGUCUUUCCCAGCUAUUUGUAACCAUUCUCCCCUUUUCUUGUUUACAGAAAUGUCAGGUUUUUUACCAAAUAAAAAUAUGCUAAUAAUUUA